AUGGGAAACUACACGACGUGGAGUAAUUUCACCCAAGUUCUGUCGGAGCUGGACGGCGAGGGACAGAAGGAGGGCGACGAGGAGGAGGACGGCGGGAGCGGUGGAGCAAACGGGGGACUGCGCGUCCUCGUCGGCUGCGUCCUCUUCCUGCUCAUCGUGUCCACGCUGCUCGGGAACACGCUGGUGUGCGCCGCCGUGGUCAGGUUCCGCCACCUGCGCUCCAAGGUCACCAACUUCUUCGUCAUCUCGCUGGCCGUGUCUGACCUGUUCGUGGCCGUGCUGGUGAUGCCCUGGGAGGCCAUCACCGAGGUGACCGGCACGUGGCUGUUCGGACGGUUCUGCGGGGUCUGGAUUGCCUUCGACAUCAUGUGCUCCACAGCCUCCAUCCUGCACCUGUGCAUAAUCAGUGUGGACCGCUACUGGGCCAUCGCCAGCCCGUUCAAGUAUGAGCGGAAGAUGACUCACCGGGUGGCGUUUGUCAUGAUUGGGGUGGCGUGGUCGCUGUCCAUCCUGAUCUCCUUCAUCCCGGUACAGCUCAACUGGCAUCAGGUCGGGGAGGAGGAAGACGAAGCGAUGGAGGAAAUGAUGGAGAUGAUGGUGGCCAGUGGCAGGAAUUUCACAAACAGCAGCAACCUCAAUGCCAGCACCCCCGCCAAGAGCUGUGUCGCCAACCUGAACAAAACCUACGCCAUCUCCUCCUCCCUCAUCAGCUUCUACAUCCCAGUGGUGAUCAUGAUCGCCACCUACACCCGGAUCUACAGGAUCGCUCAGACCCAAAUCCGCCGGAUCACGUCUUUGGAGAGGGCGGCUGAGCAGGCGCAGAACCAAGGCUACGGAGUGAACCGGAACCAGCAGCAGCACAGGCCCAACGAAGAAGCCUCACUGAAGUCGUCGUUUAAGAAGGAAACCAAAGUCCUGAAGACACUCUCCAUUAUCAUGGGGGUGUUUGUCUUCUGCUGGCUGCCGUUCUUUGUCCUCAACUGCACGGUGCCGUUCUGUGAUCCGCCCUGCGUUAGCGACACCACCUUCACCGUCUUCGUCUGGUUCGGCUGGGCCAACUCCUCCCUCAACCCGGUCAUUUAUGCAUUCAACGCAGACUUCCGCCGGGCCUUCGCAACCAUUCUGGGUUGCAACCAAAUGUGCCCCAACAACGCGGUGGAAGCUGUGAACUUCAGCGACGAGCUUGUUUCUUACCACCACGACACGACGCUCCACAAGGAGACGCUGGUCCCCACUCAGCCGCAGCAACAUCCACGCAACAUUAACGUCGGGUCAGACCACCUGGAGGACAUGAGCCCACAGUUUGACGAGGAGUCGAUCAUCUCCAAUGGUUCCCGGAGCCACAACAGACUGCUGCUGCUUCCCGCCACCGUCCAGCUCGAGGAUGACCCGGAAAUCUCCUUGGAAACCAUCACGCCGUUCACCUCAGCGGUGGGGCUUGAGAGUGAUGCUCUAUUACCAGGACAAGUCCACCAGGAUGAUUAGGACAGAAAGCGCAUAGAGAUGGUAGUCACAACGAAACAGGAAGUUAUCCUGUGUUGCUUUUACUCCCACAUGUUUGCUUUUUUAUUUCAUUUGAAAUAAUGGAGGACAUUCACGACUUUAUAAUCGAGCUGCUCCCUAAUAUCUGGUGAAAGACACCACAAGAGAGCCUCGACUGUAAAGCCUAAGCUUCAGAUAAAAUGCCAAUAUUAGAAUUUGCAGAUUCUUUUCCAUGGGACUGCUGGAUCGUUUUGUUCAGUAUUUGUGUUUGCACUUGUUGAAAUGGAAGCAGAUUUAGUUUGAUUUAAAUAGACAGUAAGAUAAUAGAUUAAACACUGCUGGCUCUGUCAGCUCAUUUGUUGUUGUCUGCACUGUUAGUGC